GAUUUAUUCGUGCAGUUCAGUUGUAUAUACUGCAGUUAAGCAGUGCAACAAAAUGAAACAAUCUAAAAGAAUUUCCAUGCAAAUGAGAUCGUGAAAAAUGCAGUGCAGGCUAAAUAAAAAAUCGAUUGACCUGAAAACUCGAGCGAGCAGCUUCUAGUAUAUAAAGCUUAGGAUUGUUGUUUAGCAAAUGAGUGAUAUUAAAGCUUGUUAAACAAGAAAAAAGCCUUUAAUUUCAGUGAUAAUGUAUUUCCUUAUCGUUUUAAUAAUAUGUCUUGGCACUUCUCUGUCAGUGACGGAUAACAGAAGAUUGAUCUAUCCCGCUUCGAACAAACAGUUACAAACGCUGGUUAAGCUAUUAAUAGAAGAAGUGGCAGAGAAUAGUCGAUGCAUCGUGUCAAUGGUAGAUACGUACUAUCGUCGUAAAGUUGAUAUAAGUCAAAUAAAGGCCAAUAAGUUUUUACCGACGUACAGGGUUUUAAUUAGAGAAAACGAAGAAUUUUCUCCUCCUCGAAGACGAUUACUUCGAAUUCUAAAAGAAAGCAAACAUCUAGGCUGCGACGUUUAUCUGAUAAUGAUGGCAAACGGAUUGCAAGUCGCGAGUUUACUUCGAUAUGCAGAGGAGGAACGACUCAUGAAUGUGCAAGGGAAAUUCUUAUUUGUUUAUGAUUUUCGGAUCUUCCACGUUGAAAUGCUUUAUUUGUGGAACCGAAUAAUUAACGUAAUCUUCAUUCGACGCUACGUUGAAUUUAAACGGCGAUCCUCUAAUAGACAAUUGCAGAAGUACGAGUGGUACGAUCUGAAUACAAUACCCUUUCCAGCGCGUAAAAAAGGGUUGAUAGUCACCAGGUACAUCGACACUUGGUAUCAGAACAGAUUCCGUUACGGUAUCAACCACUUUACCGCUAAAACCGAUGACCUCAGACGGCAAAAAUUGCAGGUGGCUGUGUUUGAACACGUGCCGGCGGUUACCGAAGACGCACAAGCUUACUACAAAAGCCAAAAGGACGUGGGCUCGAAUUCAAAACCUCUAGGGAUCGAAUUUGAAAUGAUACUGAUAAUAGCAAACGCUUUGAACUUCAAACCGUAUUUCUAUCAGCCAGACAACAUUCAAACUGAAAGAUGGGGCGAUUCGAAAAAUGAUACCUACACCGGUCUCUUCGGAGAAGCUAAAGAGGGAAAGGCGGUUUUUUAUCUCGGAGAUUUGCACUACACGAGUAGACACAUACAGAUUCUGGAUCUAUCCUGGCCUUACAACACGGAAUGUCUGACGUUUCUGACACUCGAAUCGUUAACUGAAAAUUCGUGGAAACUACUUAUACUGCCGUUCAGAUUGAAUACCUGGUUAGCCGUUCUUUUUACUCUAGUUUUCGCUUGCGCCACAUCAUUCGUCUUUUCGCGAUUCUACAUGCGUCACGUAAAUGUUGGUGAAAAUAAUGAUUCAGACGCUAGGAAAGUUUUUUCCAAAAGUAAAACCAUGAAGGUCCUUGAGAAACGCCCUGUUCAAGCCGAGGAGUGGAAGGGCCUCUACCUUUUCACAGACCCACAGAAUAGUGUCUUGUACACGUACAGUAUGCUACUUCAAGUUUCCUUGCCUUCUCUACCAAGAGCUUGGUCAUUGCGCGUGUUCAUAGGCUGGUGGUGGAUUUUCAGUAUCUUAAUUGCUGUCACUUAUCGAGCAAGUAUGACAGCUACGCUGGCCAAUGCUAUCGACAGGGUUACUAUAGACACUAUUCCAGAGUUAGGAAAGAGUAAUGUAGCAGUUGGUAGCUGGAAUGAUGAGACCAGAGAGUUUUUUAUCAACUCUUCUGAUCCGUACUUGCAAAAACUCAGUCGCAGAUACGUCGUCACCAAAGAUGAACAAAGUGCUUUGGCUGCUGUUGCUAAUGGAACACUCUGCUACUAUGAGAAUGUUUAUGUGUUACAGCGUGAAAGAGUCAAGAGACAAAUUUUAGAAGAUGAGUUGCAGAAGAAUGGCUCCCAAGGCAAGCACAAAUUUCAGGAUCACAAUUUGCAUAUUAUGGAGGAAUGCGUUGUGAACAUGCCUAUUUCCCUUGGAAUGGACAAGCAUUCCCCUUUGAAACACCACGUUGAUAAACUGGUAAAAAGAAUCAUAGAAGCUGGAUUCGUGGAAAAGUGGCUAAGCGACAUAACCCAGCAGUCAAAGAUUUUGGAGCUGCGUGGAGAAGGAAUAGCUGAUAAAGCCCUGAUAGAUCUUGACAAACUCCAAGGUGCAGUGGUUGCUCUGGGUAUCGGUUACUUAUUCAGUCUUCUUGCUCUCGCAGCAGAGACUUGGCACUGGAGGUACAUCGUCAUGCGACAUCCUAACUUCAACAAGUAUCGCAUGGAUUUGUUUUAUAAAAGAAUGUAAUUUCAUGCAUCGUACGACUCGGAAACAUAAUGCUUACCUCUUAGAGAGAGCUUGGAAAUACAUAAUCAAUCUACCGAAAAGGUAUGCCUAAGUAGAGGAGUGUCUUUGACAAAUAAAGAGCAUAACUGAAAAUA